CCUUCUUGUACCCCACUGUGCAGGGCCGCAGUACCACCAGCAGACCAGGAGCUCCGGGAGAGCCGGGGGUUGUCUGACCCCCUCUAUGCCCUGCUCCAGCCCCAGCCUGAGUUGACUCAAGGAGCAGCUGCUGUCCACCUCCCCACUUCCACUCUGCCCUCCCCUCCAGCCAUGGCGCCCCUGCUCACCCUGCUCCUGGUGGCUCUGGUGGGCCUACCUCUGGCCCAGGCUCUGGACUGCCACGUGUGCUCCUACAACGGCGAGAACUGCUUCAACCCCAUGCGCUGCCCAGCGAUGGUCACCUACUGCAUGACCACACGCACCUACUACACCCCAAUCAAGAUGAAGGUGAGCAAAUCCUGUGUGCCCAGCUGCUUCGAGACCGUGUACGAUGGCUACUCCAAGCAUGCGUCCACCACUGUCUGCUGCCAGUACGACCUCUGUAAUGGUGCUGGCCUCAACGCCCCAGGCACCCUUACCCUGGCCCCCAUACUCCUGGCCACCUUCUGGGGUCUGCUCUGAAACCCUGGACUUCCUCCCCAGCCCCCAGACCCACUGGAGGACAGAGCUCUGAGAGGCACAGCCCUACCCUCUCACCCUGCACUCCCCACUCCCGUGCC